CAAACAGGAAGUCAACUUUAUCCGUAAUCAUAAGGUUGCAGGUUCGAGCCCCGCUCGGUCUGUCACUGUCGUUGUGUCCUUGGGCAAGGCACUUAAUCCACCUUGCCUGCUGGAGGUGAUCGGAGGGACCGGUGGCGCCAGUGCUUGGCAGCCUUGCCUCUGUCAGUGCGCCCCAGGGCAGCUGUGGCUACAUCGUCGCUCAUCCCCACCAGGGUGUGAAUGUGUGUGUGAAUGGGUGAAUGACUGAUUGUGUUGUAAAGCACCUUGGGGGGUUCCAGGACUCUAGGACGCACUAUAUGAAAUACAGGCCAUUUACCAUUACCAUUUAUUUUACUUUGAAAGCUACACCUUAACUACAAAGUAUCGCUAUCUUGCUUUGAUGAGAAAUCGUGAGGGCUCAGGCUGUUUUCUCCAUAGUUUUCAAAGUGGAGGAUGACCUGACGAAAGUAUGAAGGAAUAUGUUCUGACUUGUUACUUAAUCUUCGAACGACAUAAAGAAGUUCUCUCUGACUCCAUCUUACUUUGUUUCUUCUGGACAUGAUUCAAACAUCCUGCGAGAUUCAACAUUUCAACCUUUAGCGCUUUCUCAGUAUUACAAGUAUUGAAACACAUUAUUUUGAGAAACGUUCUUGUUAAUAAGAGAUACACAUCACGUUAAAACAAGAUUUAAAUCACGCUAAUGAUACUUAAUUCUUUUUCCGCACUGACGGUAAUACGCUUCCGUACCCAUCCAGUUGAUUUCGUCCUUGUGUUAAAGCUCGAAAAGCCACAUCAUCAUUCUCAAUGGAGCCUGCUGUUUAGUGUGUGUGAUGAUAAGAAACCACAGAUACACCUCACACUUUGAUUUUCAUGAAAUAAAACCUCCAAACUCAAAGAAUCGCGGAAUCUUUUCUUUUUUUUAUAAAAUCAAUGACACAUUAUGAUCAAAUUUUAAUGUUUUAUUGUGUUUGUGUGAAAAAGGAGGUCGCAGGAGUGCCUUUUUUAUUUAAAAUGACAAAAACAAAGAGGACUUCCAGGAUGACCCUAAAUUUUGAAAACCACCCCCACUUUCUCACUCCCUGGCCAAUAAGGAGAAGAAGGAGUGUGUGUGUGUGAACGCUAUAAGAGAGGGCGCAUGCAGGUGGAGGAGUAUCAUACAGGUGUGUUCGGAUCCACCCUCCUGUGCUAGGGUGCACUACCACUAACCCAAAAGUGUCUGAUGAGUCUUUUCUAACUCCAGAUCUUCAAAAGCAUGUUGACAGGACUGGAGACGAUGGCGUAUGUGACUGAGAUCAAGCUGAGUGGAAGCCGGGGGCCCUGGAGCGGAUCUGCUCCCUCCUCCUUCCCCGAAGUGGACCUGGAAGUCAUUGAGGAGUACCUGCAGGAGCACUCGCAGGAGGUCCAGCCUGCUCACACACCCAUGAUGGCCGUGGAGCAACAAAUGCAAAUACACACCCAUCGAGAUUCCACGAGCAUGGAGAACCGAUGGUCAGAUCAGCAUGCAUACGAGUGGCACUAUGUCUCUCACACUCCUAACAAGGACGAGUUGGUUCUGAAUCCAGCCUGGACAAGUCCCCACGACGACCAGUGGGAACACAUUGCAUACUAUACGACUCCUGUAUAUAUCGACUCAGAUUCUCAGUCUAGCAGUUCCCAGUAUCAGGAUUACCAGGAUUCUCCAUCACCCUCUUCCGACAGGGAAGACAGGAAGCACAGGAAUGUGCCUCUUUCACCUCUAUCAGGAAAGAGGAAGGAGCGCUUGUUCCAGUUCCUUUUUGAGAUGCUUCAGAUGCCGUCAAUGAGGAGUUGCAUCUGGUGGGUCCAGUCCUCCUCUGGAACUUUUCAGUUCUCUUCUCAAAACAAGGAAAGCCUGGCACAAUUGUGGGGUCGUCGAAAGGGCAACCGUAAGACCAUGACCUAUCAGAAGAUGGCCCGUGCACUGAGAAACUACUCUCGCACUGGAGAGAUCCACAAGGUGAAGAGGAAACUCACCUAUCGCUUUGACGAGAAGACACUGAGAGGCUUACAGGGAGACUCGAACACACUCUAGGCAUUGUGAAGGAGAUUGGACAUUGGCGCACACUUUAAUAUUUCAUUGGACUGCUUUUAGCUUUGAUUACGGCACCCAUUCGCUGUGGCGUUGUUUCCAUAAGCUUCUGCAACAUCACCAGAUUUAUAUACAUCCAGUGUUGCAUUAAUGCUUCAUCAAGAUCUUGCACUGAUGAUGGUAGAGUCUGACUGCUGCACAAAGCCUUCUCCAGCACAUCACUAUUUGAUCCCAAUGAAUCCUGGCAUUGUCAUCUUGGAAUAUGCCCGUGCCAUCAGGGAAGAUGGAAUAACCUGAUCGUUCAGUAUAUUUAAGUAGUCAGCUGACCUCAUUCUUGGAGCAUAUCCUGUUGCUGAACCUAGACCUGACCAACUGCAGCAACCCCAGAUCAUAGCACUGCUCCCACAGGCUUGUUCAGUAGUCACCAGGCAUGAUGGGUGCAUCACUUCAUCUGCCUCUCUUCUUACCCUGAUGCACCCAUCACUCUGGAACAGGGUCUGUCUGGACUCAUCAGACCAGUUUUUAAUAAUGCGUUGGACAGUUUUUAACCCAAUUUUAGUCAUUUUUGAAUUAUCCAAUCUGCAAUAUCCACGCUUACCCUUCUCUAACAGACUAACAUCUUUUGCACGACCACCAGAUGUCUUUCCACAUGGUUGUUUAAGAAAUGAAAAGCAACUUAUCGCACCAGUUGAGGUUAGAUAACUAAUAGAAGGCUCCUACCUAUUUAUUAAGUGAAAUCCAGGUGGUGAAUUAUUAUUUUUUGGCCAGGCAGCGAAGAACGAACACUAGAAGCACUCGCUUGUUGUACUUUCUGACAAUUCAAACACUCAAAGGCAAUUUUAAUGACAAAUAAAUACUAAGUAUUUGAAGAUCCAGGGUAUGGAAUGCUGUCAGCCAGAGCUUUUUGUGGAACCUCAAUGGACUGAAGAAAUAAAUGAUAAAAAUUAUGAAAGUAAAUUUCAGAAGCAGGUUUUGUGUAAGGAUAGAUGGCAUUCACCAAGUAAAUCUGAAAGAUUAUCAUCUAAUAUCUACUUUAUAAGUAGAACAUGCUUAAAACUGAAGUCCUUCUCAGUGUAAAUGUAUUUUGCUAUUUUUUGUAUGAUUCUGGGUUGCAGCUAUUCAACAGUAGGAAUAGAUUAUAAUUUCUGGGGGUUUCUAACAAAACUAGGUUAUAAAAUAUGUUUGUGUGGCAAUAUCUUUUUUUAAUAAAUACACCCCCAAAACACCCUGCCUGUUCCAUAUCUGUCUACACGAACAAAGGUGCAUUGUAUUCUGCACACCAUUCACAUCAACAGAAAUGUGCUUGAAGCAAGUACUCUCUCACGCACUCACACAACCCUAGCCAAAAGUGUAUGCAAACUAAGCGUGCACUAAAAAAAACUGCCACAAGCAGACCUGUUGAUCAUUAACAUCCAGAAAGUCCCCCUCAUAAACAGAAAUGUCAAGCACACACACACACACACGCUGAAUAAAAUAUUUAUUCAUAAAAUUACCAACCAAUAUGAACUCCAUGUUUACAGUAUAAAAAUAACAGUAGGUAUAACUUUAAAACACUAUGACUCACACAAGUGAUAAUAAUUCCUACUUAUUGACUUUCAUUGCUGAUUUUAUUCAUUCAACAUAAAAACAAAGUAAUGAUACAUUUAAUAAAACAGCUUAGCCAUCAGCCACAGCUGGUUCUACAAUUGCACCUGGAGUGGACGCUGGCGUGUUUUUGCAGCCGCUGCUCACCGGUGAUUUUAACGUGAUUUUAUCAUGUUUUACAUUUUUAUGGAGCACUAGAUUAUAGUUUUCCUAAGUGGGUGCUAUAUUUUUUCUGCCUCCCUUGGAUCCUGUUUGGUUGUCAUUUUGUUGUUUGGGUGUACAAGCGGACUUAACCUACCUCUCACUCCUCCCGGCUGUUGACCCGCUGCUAUCGGCUAGCUUCCCACCGCUGUUCUUCAUGUGGGCCUGCAAGUUAUUUAUCUGGUUGACCCUCCUCUGGUCUGCCCUGUCCCUUCUCCUCCAACCUGGGGCAGCUCUGCUCCAGUACACGGCGGCUGAUCUCCUCCUGCUACACGGGCAUCUCUCUGUGCCUCCGCCGGUAGCAUUACAGCUCCACCCGGAGAUCGUCCUUCCUC